ACUCCAAGCCAGUACCCUCUCUUUCAAAUGCGAAAUCAUCGGUAGACCACGGUAACGAGUCGUCUAUAAAAUUCCUCACUUACGAAGACAUUAAGCGAGCCACGGACAAUUUUGCCAACGUCCUCGGUGAAGGGGGGUUCGGUAAGGUCUAUAAGGGCCGGUUGCGCGGCGUUAACGGGGAAGCUGACGAGGAAACGACUUUCGUUGCGAUCAAAGUUCUGGCUCCUCACAGUUUCCAAGGAAUGGACGAGUUUCUGAACGAGAUCACUACAGUGGAGGGCGUGCAGCACCCCAACAUUGUGCGGCUGCUGGCGUGCUGCACAGAGAAGGUCAAGGCGCUGGUGUACGAGUUCAUCCCCAUGGGCGAUGUCGACGCAUGGCUUGCAAAAUGUUCGGAUGGCAAGGCAAAAUUUUCCUGGGCUGACCGGAUGAAAGUGAUUAUGGGAACAGCAGAGGCAAUGACGUUCAUUCACAAGCAACGGUUCAUUCACCGGGACUUUAAGUCCAGCAAUGUGCUUCUAACGGAAGACUUCACACCGAAGGUGGCUGAUUUUGGUCUGGCCAAGGGCAUAGAGGACUGGAAAACGCAUGUCACAACACGAGUCAUGGGCUCCAUGGGGUACAUUGAUCCCACGUACUUUGAGUCAGGUCACUUGUGUGACAAGAGUGACGUGUUUGCUUUCGGUCUGUUCAUGGUUGAGAUUCUUGCGGGCAAGUCAGUGCUUCGGCAAGAGACGUCAAACUACCCGGUGAAGAAGGCGGUGGGGGCGGGGUUCCCGGAGUACACAUACGAUGAGAUGAUGCUCAUCACUGACCGCCUCAAGAAGCCCAUCGGCCAGGGCGGCUUCGGGACCGUUUGCCCCCCAUCUUGUUGCUCAACAGGCGGAGCUAAUGGUGGUGGAGCAACUGUCGUCACCAACGUCCUGUUGCUCUAUGCGUAUUUUCCCUCUUUGUCUCACUCUUCCUUGUGUCCCUUUCACUUAUCUCACUCUUCCAUGUCUCACUCUUCCAUAUCUCACUCGCCCCUGUCUCACUCUCCCCUGUCCCACUCUCCCUUGUCUCACUCUCCUCUCCCCUGUCUCACCCGCCUGUCUCACCCUUCUCGCCCCUCUCUCCCUCUGCCCAUCCAUCAGGCGGGGCUGAUGGCAAUGGAGCAGCUGUCGCACCCCACCAUCUUGUCGAUGUACGGCUAUUGCCCAACAUCCUUCAUCCUCUUCCCAUGCUCCUCUCCCCCCCUCCUCUUCCCCACACCCUCUGCCCCGUUCCCCACCUCUCUGCCCAUCCAUCAGGCGGAGCUGAUGGCAAUGGAGCAGCUGUCGCACCCCACCAUCUUGUCGCUGUACGGCUAUUGCCCAACAUCCUUCAUCCUCUUCCCAUGCUCCUCUCCCCCCCUCAUCUUCCCCACACCCUCUGCCCCGUUCCCCACCUCUCUGCCCAUCCAUCAGGCGGAGCUGAUGGCAAUGGAGCAGCUGUCACACCCCACCAUCCUGUCGUUCUGUGCCCAUCCCUCCCCCCCCCCCCUCCCCACCAUCUUCCUGUUUCACUACCUUCUCACUGUCUCUCCCUCGCCGUACCUACUUCUCCCCGGUCGUCCUUCUCAGGCGGAGUUGAUGGCAAUGGAGCAGCUAUCGCACCCCACCAUUCUGUCGCUGUACGGCUAUGUGGCCAAGCCUACGCCUGCACUCAUCUACGAGUUCAUCACCAACGGCAACGCAGAGGCGUACCUCAGACGAGCGGUGCAAGGCAAGGCAGAGUUUUCCUGGAAGGCGCGGCUGCGGGUGGCUCUGAUGUGUGCGGAGGCGCUGCAGGUGAUGCACAGCCACAACUAUGUGCACCGCGACUUCAAGGCCUCCAACGUGCUGCUGCGCGAGGACCUGACGCCAGUGCUGGCUGACUUUGGCUUGGCACGCACGGUGAACAACUGGCAGAGCCACGUCACCACUCGGGUCAUGGGCUCCACAGGCUACAUUGACCCUGUCUACUUCGAGUCUGGUCAUCUGAACGCCAAGUGUGACACUUAUGCAUUUGGGAUCUUCCUCCUCGAGCUUGUAACAGGCAUGUUGGUCACUGACAAAAACUUUGAGGCCUUGCGAAUGACCCUUGCCACUGGGGCUGACCUGCCCGAAGCGGACAAAGUGAUAGAUCAGACACUGGUUCGAGCUCGCGCGGACGGCGAGAUUUCUCUGCUGCUGGAUUUCAGCAAGGUCUUCUCGUCAACCCCAGCUCCCGGCGAGCCCGUUGUUUCAGUGGAUAACGAGACCAGCGAGAACUACACUAUUAUCACCGUCAGCGCGCCUAACAGACCUGGAUUGCUCCAGCUUUUAACACUCACGUUUCGCGAUCUCGGCCUGGACGUUGGCAAGGCAGUCGUCGAUCUUGACGAUGACGGUAACGUGGCCGACGCGUUUUACGUCACGGCCGUUGACGGAAAAAAGAUCACCCAGAAACGCGAUCUGCAGAACAUCCGCAAGUGCGUUGUGAGAGCGUUGGUUCUAGACGCCAAGAAUGACGCGCCGAAAGAUUCUUCAGUCCGGCCCGCGAGACUUAUCAGGCCGGUUACAUCGCUGGACCCGUCGGCGUCGCCCGAGUUGAAACGGCGUACGGAGCUGCUGCACAACCUGAUGGAUACGUACAUCAAGAACGACGUGCUGUCGAUUCAGAGGAGCAUUGUGGACCACGUGGAGUACACCAUGGCGCGCAGCAGAUACAAAUUCGACGACUUCGAGGCGUACCAGGCAACAGCGUACAGCGUGAGGGACCGGCUGAUUGAGAGCUGGAACGACACGCAGCAGUACUUCAAGGACCAGGACUCCAAGCGCGUCUACUACCUCUCCAUGGAGUUCCUCAUGGGGCGGUCUCUGCUGAACAGCAUCUUCAACCUGGGCAUGAAGGACCAGUACGUGGAGGCGCUGGGGCAGCUGGGAUUCAGCAAGCUCGAGCUGCUGCUCAUUAGAGAUUGCAAUUAUGACCAGUACGUGGAGGCGCUGGGGCAGCUGGGGUACAAGCUCGAGGUGCUGGCGGAGCAGGAGAGGGAUGCUGCUCUCGGCAAUGGUGGCCUUGGCCGCCUGGCAGCCUGCGUGCUUGACAGCAUGGCGACACUCAACUACCCUGGAUGGGGUACUGCGUAUUCUGGCCGACGCUGCAGGUCGGCUCUUACCAUGUGCUUCCCUCCCAACUCGUUUCCCAAUUUCCUGUUUCUCCCGCCUCCCCUUCCCCCACCUCUCUUCCCCAGCUACGGCAUCCGCUACCAGAACGGCAUCUACGGCAUCCGCUACCAGUACGGCAUGUUCCGGCAGACCCUACAGGACGGCUUCCAGCACGAGCAGCCGGACUACUGGCUGACGUUUGGCAACCCGUGGGAGAUAGAGCGCGUGUUUGUGACGUACCCCGUGCGCUUCUACGGCACUGUUGAGUCAUACACCGAGGCCGGCCACCCCCGCAAGCGAUGGGUCGAGGGAGAAACGGUGGAGGCAGUGGCGUAUGACAAUCCGAUCCCCGGUUACCACACCAACAACACCAUCAACCUGCGCCUCUGGGGAGCAAAGCCCAGUGGCGAGUUUGACCUGCAAAGCUUCAACACGGGGGACUACGUGAACGCGAUUCUGAGCAAGCAGAAGGCCGAAGCCAUCAGCAGCGUUCUCUACCCCGACGACCGCACGUACCAGGGCAAGGAGCUGCGCCUCAAGCAGCAGCACUUCUUCGUCUCCGCCACCAUGCAAGACGUGGUGCGCCGCUACAAGGAGGAGCACGCCACGUUUGACGAGUUCAAGGACAAGGUGGCACUGCAGCUGAACGACACGCACCCGGUGCUGGCACUGGUGGAGUUGAUGCGCCUGCUGGUGGACGAGGAGGGGCUGGAGUGGGGGUAUGCGUGGAACAUCACCACACACACCUUCUCCUACACCAACCACACCGUGCUGCCCGAGGCGCUCGAGAAGUGGCCUGUGGAGAUCCUGGAGACGCUGCUGCCACGCCACCUGGAGAUUAUGUACGACAUCAACCACAACUUCAUUGUGGAUCUGAAGAAGCGCAUUGGCAACGAUUAUGACCGCCUCUCCCGCAUGUCCAUCAUUGAGGAGGGCGCGCACAAGAGCAUCCGCAUGGCAACGCUGGCGGUGGUGACGUGUCACACCAUCAAUGGAGUGUCACAGAUCCACACAGACCUCAUUGAGAAUACCCUUUUCAAGGACUUCUAUGACAUCUGGCCACACAAAUUCCAGAACAAGACAAACGGUGUCACCCAGCGUCGGUGGUUGGCAUUCUGCAACCCAGGGCUGGCGGGGAUCCUCACCCAGUGGCUGGGCACGGAGUCAUGGAUCACCAACCUGGACCUGGUGGCCGGGCUCAAGGAGCACGUGGACGACCCACUGCUGCAAACGCAGUGGAUGCAGGUUCGCAGGCAGAACAAGGCUCGCCUGGCAGCAUACAUUGAGGGGAUUUCAGGGAUCAAGGUGAGCAUCGACGCCAUGUUUGACGUGCAGGUGAAGCGCAUCCACGAGUACAAGCGCCAGCUGCUCAACGUCAUGAGCAUCAUCCACCGCUACGACUGCAUCAAGAAGAUGAGUCCUGAGGACCGCAAGCGGGUGGUGCCGCGUGUGUGUCUGCUGGGCGGCAAGGCGGCGCCGGGAUACGACCUGGCGAAGAAGAUUGUGAAGCUCAUCAGUGCCGUUAGUGAAGUGAUCAACAACGACGAGGACGUGGGAGACCUGCUCAAGCUGGUGUUCAUUCCCGACUACAACGUGUCGCUUGCUGAGCUCAUCAUUCCUGCAAGCGACCUCUCCCAACACAUCAGCACGGCGGGCAACGAGGCAUCAGGCACGAGCAACAUGAAGUUUGCAAUGAACGGGUGCCUCAUCCUGGGCACUCUGGAUGGCGCCACGCGCGAGAUCAGAGAGGAGAUUGGCCCCGAAAACAUGUUUGUAUUUGGGGCGGAGACCAAGGACGUGCCGCGGCUGAGGGAGGAGCGCCGCACCUUCACCCCCUGCCGCAACUUCACUCGCGUUGUGGGCAUGAUCCGCAGUGGGUACUUCGGGUGGACGGAGUUCUUUGCGCCUCUCAUGGACUCCAUUGACGGCCCCGGCAACGACUACUACCUCCUUGCCAACGACUUCCCCACCUACCUGCAAGCCCAGGCAGCCAUAGAUGCAACGUAUGUGGACGUGCCCAAGUGGACGCGCAUGAGCAUCAGCAGCACGGCUGGGUGCGGGCGGUUCACUAGUGACCGCACGAUCAAGGAGUAUGCUGAGGAGAUCUGGGACGUGGAGCCUGUCACCCGGCCGUACUGA